AUUCAUUUUAAUACAAUGUUGGAUUACCUCACCGACCGCUCAGUCAUAGCUCCCAUUUUGGUGGUAACUGCACAUUUUUUGACCGCUGCUGGAUUUUGGUUUUACUGCCGUGGCCGGAGACGCUCAUGGGGUUAUGAACAAGAUGAACGGGACAGGGUGCAGAAGAAAACAUUCACAAAAUGGGUCAACAAACAUCUCAUCAAGGUGAGGAAGCACAUCACCGACCUGUACGAGGACCUGAGGGACGGACACAACCUCAUCUCGUUAUUAGAGGUCCUCUCUGGAGUCACGCUGCCGAGAGAAAAAGGACGAAUGCGUUUUCACAGACUACAAAAUGUUCAGAUUGCAUUGGACUUCCUGAAGCAGAGACAGGUCAAACUUGUGAACAUCAGGAACGAUGACAUCACUGACGGCAACCCCAAACUCACCCUGGGCCUCAUCUGGACCAUCAUCCUCCACUUCCAGAUUUCGGAGAUCUACGUGAGUGGUGAAUCUGGAGACCUUACGGCCAAAGAGAAGCUGCUGAUCUGGAGUCAGCAGGCCACAGAGGGAUAUGCCGGGCUCCGCUGUUCCAACUUCAGCUCGUCUUGGAGUGAUGGACGCAUGUUCAACGCUCUGCUGCACCGAUACAGGCCUGACCUGAUUGACAUGAAGGCAGUGGACCGACAGAGUAACAGAGAAAACCUGGAGCAGGCCUUUGAGAUUGCAGAGUCUUUAGGAGUCACACGCCUGCUCGACGCUGAAGAUGUGGACGUCCCGUCUCCAGACGAGAAGUCGGUCAUCACCUAUGUCUCCUCCAUCUACGACGCCUUUCCAAAGAUCCCCGAGGGAGGAGAGGGCGUCGCCGCACACGAGGUGGAGCAGCGGUGGGCUGAGUACCAGGCCCGGUUCUCCUCUCUGCUCCAGUGGAGCCGACAGCACACGGCCCUCAUGGCCAACAAGAACUUCCCACAAAACCCUGUGGAACUCAAGGCACUUUACAACAAGUACGUCCAUUUCAAAGAGACAGAAAUCCCCUCAAAGGAGAAAGAAAAAGGUCAUAUCGAACAUCUCUACAAACUACUGGAGAUGUGGAUAGAGUUUGGUCGUAUUAAGCUCCCUCAGGGCCUCCAUCCAAAUGACAUGGAGGAGGAGUGGGGCAAACUCAUCCUGGAGAUGCUGGAGAGAGAGAAGGCUCUGAGACCAGCCGUCGAGAGACUUGAGCUGCUGCUACAAAGAGCCAAUAAGAUCCAAAACAUGGCUCUGGACUGUGAGGAGAAACUGACGUUAGCGAAGAACACACUACAAGCCGACAUGUCCCGGGUGGAGAGCGGGGAGUCGGUGCAGUGUGAGAGGGACAUGGCCUGUUACCUUCAGGACUGUGAGGCUCUGAUCAGAAACCUGAACCAGGAACUCAAGGUCCUGAGGGACGAGAGGUACUACCAGGUGGAGCAGCUGGCCUUCAGAGUAUCGUGCCUACAGGAGGAGCUGGUCUCCCUCCGGCUGCAGUGCUCCAGUGUCUACAGGAAGGGCCACUUUGGACAGGCCCUGAGCGGGACGGGGGCAGAGCUCACCCAGCGCUCCCAGGACGGAGGGCUCUCUUUGGGGCAGACUCUGCUGGGAGCCGUGGGUGCUGUGGGGAUGAUGGGUGCGGCUCUGCUCAGGAGGCCCAUGGAUCGCUCUCAGUUAGUGGCCAUGUCUUCAUCUGAAGAUGAGGGAAGUCUGAGGUUCAUCUACGAGCUCCUGGGAUGGGUGGAAGAAACACAGGACCUGUUGGAGCAGGCGGAGUGGGGCGCAGACCUCCCCUCUGUGGAGAAACACCUUACUGAGCAAAACUCCAUCCACACAGCGGUGGAGGAUCUGAUGAGCAGUUUGCAGGAGGCGAGCAGAUACGAGCCCAAAGUCUCACCUAAUUUCAAGAGCAGUUACUCUGAAACCCUGGCCAAGCUGGAGCACCAAUAUUGCAAACUACUGGAACAGUCGUCGUGGCGCCUGCGGAGUCUGGAGAGUCUACACGGUUUUGUGUCACGGUGCACAGAGGAGCUGAUCUGGCUCAAUGAGAGAGAGGAGGAGGAGCUGGCCUUCGACUGGAGCCACGGCAACCCCAAUAUGAGCAUCAAGAGGGAACUGUACUCUGAAAUGAGGUUAGAGUUGGAGGAGAAACAGGAGGUGAUGCGGUCGCUCCAGGAAACGGCUGGACGUCUGUGUCAGGAGAACCAUCCCGCCAAACAAACUGUAGAGGCCUACAGUGCAGCUCUUCAGACUCAGUGGCAGUGGGUGAACCAGCUUUGCCUCUGUGUGGAGCAACAUCUCAAAGACAACACUGCGUACUUCCAGUUCAUGAGUGACGCCCGAGACAGCGAGUCAUAUCUGCGGCAGCUCCAGGACACCAUAAAGAGGCAGUACACAUGUGACAAGAACAGCCGGCUCAGCAAACUGGAGGAUCUACUGCAGGACUCUAUGGAGGAGAAGGAGCAGCUGAUCGAAUACCGCAGCACAGUGGCCAGUCUGGUGGGACGAGCCAAAACUGUGGUCCAGCUCAAACCCCGAAGUGGAGAGACCCCCCUCAGCUCUACCAUCCCCAUUAAAGCCAUAUGUGACUAUAGACAGAUAGAGAUCACCAUCAACAGCGGCGAGGAGUGCGUUUUGGAGGACAACACACACCGGACGAAAUGGAAAGUGAUCAGUCCAACGGGAAAUGAGGCUAUGGUGCCCUCUGUGUGCUUCACCAUUCCCCCUCCUAACCAGGACGCAAUUGACACAGCUGCCAGGGCGGAGCAGCUGUACCAGAAGGUGAUGUCACUUUGGCAUCAGCUCCACGUGAACAUGAAGAGUGUGGUGUCGUGGAACUAUCUGCUCAAAGACAUCAGGACGGUCUCAGCAUGGACCCUGGACACAGUGCGGUGCCAGUCCCCUUCAGAACGACAGCAGACUUUAGACCACCUGGAUUCUCACUGGUCGGAUUUUGUGAGUGACAGUAAAGACAGCACUCUGUUCACGGCAGCAGAGAUGCAGGAGCUGGAGAGAGACGUUCUACAGGCUCAGCAGCACUGUCAGGACCUGCUGCUCAACAUGGAGACUGUGGAGAAGGACGAGUCUGUGUCGAGGUCAUAUCUGUCUGAGCUGCAGGACAUCAAUCUGCGUUUGAAUGAAGCAGAGCAGAGGCUGAUGAGGAGUAUCCAGACCCCUCUGCCCAGUCUACUCUCCACAGACCCCUCAGAGAACACCAUCCAGAUCACAGAGCAGGAGAGGUCGCAGCUGGAGUUGGAAGACCUACGCUCUAGUUUGAGCGAUGUGUCUCGUCGCUGUAUUCGCUUCUUUGAGGAAAAACCCUCAUCCUCCAGUAUCCCCGCCCUUCGCUCUGAACUUAACUACGCUGUAGAGAAGACCGACAAACUGCACAACCUUUCCACUGUCUUCCUACAAAAGCUAAAGACUGUUGAUGUUUUAAUACAAAGCCUGAAUGAAGCAGAGAGAGAGGUCAAAAAGUACGAAAGCAGACUGAGUGAAGAAGACAUUGUUCCUCCUGACACAGCCGCCAUUAAAAACCUCAGAGAUCAGCUGCAGCGGUGGCAGGCUGAAGUUGCAGAUCAGGAAGGCAUUUUCCAGUCUCUUCAGUCUGAGGUGGUUCAGGCCAAAGAGGCAGGAGCUCAACUGAACAGAAUCCACCCAGAACGCAGCCCUGAACUGGACCGCUACCAGGAGAAAGCCAACCAGAUGAGUGAGAGGUGGAGCGGUGUGAAGAGACAGAUCGAGAGCAGACAAACAGAACUGGAGGCCCUGGGCUCGUCCCUGCAGCUGUACAGAAACGGACACUCGGCUUUGAUCAGAUGGAUCGAAGAAACAACAGAAAGACAAGAAAACACACAACCAGGACAGACUGACAGCAAAGCCCUGUCUGAACAACUGGCCCAGCAGACGGCCUUAGUAGCUGAAAUAGAAAAGAAUCAGACCAAACUGGACGAAUGUCAAACUCACUCAAAACAGUACUGUACAGCUGUGAAGGAUUAUGAGCUGCAGCUAAUGACGUACAGAGCCUUUGUGGAGUCCACUCACAAAUCAUCCAUUAAAAGGAGGAGGCUGCACUCUUCUUCUGACGCCAUCACUCAGGAGUUCAUGGACUUGCGCACGCGUUACACAGCCUUGGUCACUUUAACCACUCAACAUGUGAAGUACAUCAGUGAUGCCCUCCGGAGGCUGGAAGAAGAAGAGAAAGAGGUGGAGGAGGAGAAGCAGGCCAGAGUGGGACAAGUGUCUGACCUUUUGGGAUGGAUCAAAGGGCUGCAGGGUCGAGCAGGAGGUCCCAACGCAGAAUCCUCUCUCGCUGCUCAACAGGCUAUUGCCGAACAACUCGCCUCUAAAAAGGGUGAAGUUGCUGAAGCCAUUCGAAGCACAGAAGUCUUCCUUAUGUCUAAACAAGCCAGCAAAUUAUCCCCAGAGGAGCGUGCUGAGGUGGAGACACAGCUUGAGGACCUCAAGGCUACCUACAACCAGCUCUGCACCUCCUCCAACCAACAACUGCAACAACUGGAGCAGCAGCUGGCCAAAGAAGAGGAGAGAAAGACUUAUCCUGUCAUUGCUGGAGUGAUUGACCUGGGGACAGUGGAGACUUUCCCUGUGUUUCGAGCAGCCCAGCGUGGACUCAUCGACCAGGACACGUGCUUGGUUCUCUUGGAGGCCCAGCUAGUUUGGGGUGGCCUUCUCGAACCUCAGUCAAGUUUCCCAGUUUCACUUGACCAGGGAGAAGAUACCGGACUUGUAAACAGACACAUGCAACAGUGCCUUUCUGAGCUCAACAGCGCCCUCUGUCUUGUGGGAAAGAAAGUGCAACCAAUUGUAAAGUCAGUUGUUAAAGCAAUUGAAAGUGCCUUAAUCAGAGAGGAGCUUGGUCUUCACAUACUAGCAUUGCAAUUGAAUUCUGGUGGGCUUAUAGAUUCAAAUGACACUAGGAUAAGUAUUGAACAAGCAGAAGACAUGAAAAUCUUAACUCCAAAUCUUGUUAGAAAAUUACACUCGGUGUCAAACGCGAAAGAGCUAAUUGACCCAAAUACCGCUGAGAAAUUAAGUCUAUCAGAUCUUCAACAACGCUGCAUUAUUGAUGAAGAGUCUGGAUUUUUAUUGCUACCUGUUAAACAGCAAGCCGGAGGUACCGUUUGCUUGCGUUCUGGAAGAAAAGUGGGAAUUUUCAGAGCUGUCCAAGAAGGAUUGAUAGACCGAAAAGUUACUAUCCGACUUCUAGAGACACAGCUUUUUGCAGGAGGUAUUGCUGAUCCACGCUCCGGCCAUAGACUCACCAUUGAAGAGGCUGUACGCCACGGGCUAAUGGACCAGGAUCUAGCUUGUGCCAUGUUAGCAAGACAGCUGCAACAUGGCGGGAUCCUUGACCCGUUCUGUGAUGGGGAACGCUUGGAUUUGGAAGAAGGCAUUCGUAGGGACUUGCUUUCUCCUCAUCUCGCGCUAUUGGUCCUUGAGUCACUUUGGUCUUAUAUGGGAAUGCUAUGGCCAAAAUCUGGUGAAAUCCUACCCAUAGCUGAAGCCCUACAACAAGGAGUAAUAUCAGGGGAGCUAGCGAAAAACAUGCUAAGUCAGCGACAUGCCGUAGGAGCCUUGUACAACCCAGAAUCAUUGCAAGUACUACCUUUCAAUGAUACAGCAAAGGAAACUCUCGGCCCAAAUAUUGUCAGUAUACUUCAAGACACAUAUAUUCCAGAUAUUAUUCCCAACACAAACCAAUCUCUUUCUCCAUCACGGUUGAGCUGGAAUUCUACAAGUUCCUCUACACCUCCGUCUUCUCCUUUGGUGUCAUCUUUCCCUAGUCCACCUGUGUGGGACAUCCAAUCUGUAAAUUCCCAAGAUCCAGAGGAGGAAGCUAAGCAAAAGCUACUAUUUCACAUAAUGACACAUAGCUACAUGGAUGCACACACAGGGGGACGCUUGGUUUUGCUGGAUACAGAGUUACUGGAGUUCGUUGCAGCUUUUGACCAAUGUUCUGAAGAUGAAAAGCAGCUUGUAGGAACUGAAAUUGUUGGUGUGCCAAGUCAAGAAGAUGUAGAAAAAGAUGGAACUAAAAUUGUUGAAAUGCAUGAAGCUAUUCAAAGACAAGCAAAAUUGAAAGUUGACAAAGUUAUCAAACAAUCUGGCGAGAUUGUGAGACUACAAGAAAUACAAAAUGAUAAACAAACUAAAAUAAACAUAAGUCAAGUGGAUGAAAAUGUAGAUAAGAAUAAAAACCUUAAAAAUCAAACUGAGGAAACUGGACAUUUUGAAGGUUUCUCAACAUUGGUUAAUAAAGAAAUCCCUAAUGCCACUACUUUCCCUUCACAGUCAGAAACAGCUGAUUUGUUCAACGUAGAAAGUAAAAAAGAUCUUGAUCCUGCUCAGAUGGACAAAAUUGUGCCCCAAAUAGCUAUUGAAGGUGAUAGCUUGAAGCCCAUAGAGCAGACUGAGGAGGAGUUGGAAAUUUCUCGACUGGUUGCAGAGCUUAAACAAGGAGGUCUGAAAACUCCAGAAGGGGACCGACUACUCCCAGAUGAGGCUGUAGCUCAGGGCAUCCUCCCCGGCCAUACUGCGGUCAAGUUAAUGUCUCAAGCUGGUUUAUUUGGAGGUUUUGUUGACGCUAGCACUGGAGAGUCAUUAAAUUUGGACGAUUUGAUGCAAGAAGGUCUAGAAGGCGAAGAUCUCAUGUGGAGUAUACUAAAAUCUGACAAAACGCUUGCUGGGGUUGUUGAUGCUAAAAAGGGUAAGAUUUUGGGAGUAACUGAAGCUGCUAAAGAAGGGCUGAUUGAUAAAAAUACUUGCAAUAGACUUUUGGAAGCACAAGUUGUGUCUGGGGGCAUUGUAGACCUCCGCCGGGACAAAAAAGUGUCAGUGACAUUAGCAUCCAAUAUGGGACUAAUUGAGGAGGAGCAAAGAGAGCCAUUAAUUGCUUUGGAGAAGGCUUACAAAGGCAAAAAUACUGAUCCCAAAAUUGCUAUGACUAAAGCUACAUUACAGCUACAAACUGAAGGGAUAGUUGACCCAGAGUUGAAAUGUCCCUUACCGUUGGAGAGAGCAUUACAAAAAGGACUUAUCAAACAGGAAGAUGCCUAUAAGGUUUUGGCUAAGCAGGUUGCAGAAGGUGGAAUAAUCCAUCAUGAAUCUGGACUGAGGUUGUCAGUUUCGGAUGCAGUUGACCGAGGACUUGUUGACCGAUCUCUUGCCCCAGGUCUAGAGGAGCUGGUAUGGGUCUACCAAGGCAGAAUACCAAACCAAGAAGCUAUGGUUUUGCAAGCAUCUACAGGCACCAUUUUGGAUCCAAGCACAGGAGAAAAGCUAACUUUGACCAAGGCAGUUUCUAAAGGUCUGAUAGAUGAAGUAACUGCCAGUAAUGCCAUGACAUCUUCUGCUGUAACACAAGGAGUUAUUGACCCACAAACCGCUUGUGUUGUGCCUUACUCUGAUCUUGCAAACCAGGGUAAGAUAGAUAUUGAAACUGGAAAGCGCUUCCUAGAAAUUAAACCAUUUAAAGGUAUUCAAGAUGAGAAAACUGGUGUAAUUAUGACAUUUCCUCAAGCUAUUUCAUCUAAAAAGGUUGACCCCAUCCCAGCUAUGAGAAUUCUGCAAAGCCAAGCAGACAGUGGAGGUAUUAUAGACAUCACAACUGGAGAUAGAGUUAGUUUAGUUGAAGCGAUUGGCAAAGGUUUAGUGCAAGAAGAUAUGGCAAAAACAAUAGCCACCAAUCAACUAAAGGAAGAUUGCUUAGUUGAUCCUGCUACAGGACAAAAAGUGUCUAACCUUAGUGACGCUAUUGCUAAAGGACUCUUAUCCAAAGAAACUGCUCAAGGUGAUAUUGAAAAAAUGCCAUCUACAGAAAGAGAAAGCUUGGGUGAUAGCUCAACUCCUAUCGCUUCUUCUGGUAGUGAACACAGCCCAGCAAUUACAUUAUCAAUAUGCAGUGCAGACAGCAUUGAAACUUGGUCGGACUCAAAUACUGACUCAAGAUCCUUGCUUUACGAGAGUAGUUUGGUGGUCGCACAAGACAAAAAAAUAUCUAGUGGGUCCGAACAGUCAGCAGAAGAAAUUGUGCAAGUGGAGCCUGAUAAGUCAUUGGAUAUCCUCUCAAAGUUUGCUGAAAAUGUUGAGAAAAAGAUCCAAAAGGCUAUUGCAGAAAUUGUCCCACAGAAAGAUGAUGUAAUUUUAGAAGGAAAGGCUACAGUGAUGCCUACAUUGAAAACUGAUGAUAAAGAAACUGACAUUGUUGGAGAACAUUUACAAGAUAGUUUGGCAAAAGAAACCAUGGACAAGUCACAAGUUGAAAUUGGUUAUAAAGAGCAUGAUGAGUCUAACCAUGGUGAUAAAAAGCCAUCAGUGGAAAGCCCAUUUGAGCUUAGGGAUCUGUUCGAAGGGAUCGUGGCAGACAGGAUCGAUAUUUCAAACCAAGCUAAAGACGCCAAACAAAAACCUCUCGAACUUAGGAAAGAUGUGGUUGAGAAUAACUCAGAAAACAGAGUUGUCAAACCUUUAGAAACUCAAGACAGAACUGAAAUUGUUGAAAAAAUGCUGCCCAUGUUGUCUAAAGAUAAUGAUAUUACUAACAUAAUGGAAACGGCAACUGUAGACAACAAGGACAUUUCAGAACCAGCAAAGGAAAGCGACAAAGAUAUUACAAAACCUAAGAAGGAGACUAUGCCUAUCGAAGAAAAAGAAGCUACAACAACCCAAGCAGAGAAAUAUCUUGUCCAUGUGUCCAAUGAUACGAACAACAUUAUUAUUGAAGAGGAUAAAAGUCCAACUAAAAGUGAGGAGAUGCAGACAAAAACAGAUAUUCAAGUUGAAAAUAAAAUUGACAUCAAAACAUCAAAACCUGUUGAAAAUCUAGACAAAGUAAGCCCUCAAUGUGAGCAAGAGAUUGCUAAAGCUGAGAAAGAUGCUAUAACUAUCAAAAAAGAUUUAACAACACAAGUAGAGACAUGUCCUGACAGUGUGGCUCCUAUAUCUAAAGAUGAAGAAAAGAUGGCUGUUGAAAAAAGGAAAAUGGCAAGUAAGAGUAAGAAGGUGCAUACUGAGGCAAAAACUGGCGUUGAGGUGGAAAAUAAAGGAGUUAUCGAAGAAUCAAAACUGGUAGAAAUUCUGGAAAGUCCUGUCUGUGAGAUGACUGAUCAGAUUGUGAACACUAAAGAUAUUGCCACAAAAAGGUUGACAACUGACAAAAGCUUUUCAAAAGUGGUCAAGGAAACUAAAGAGGCAAAAGAUACAGGAACUGAAGUUGAAGGUGGCAUUGGUGAAGCAAGAGAUGACAAGGCAAAGAAAACUAAAGAAAAAAUCGCAGCAGAAAUCAAGCCAUCUAAGCAGAAAAUAACUUUUACUCCUACGACUACUUCUACUUCUCAAUCAGAACUAGGUGCACAUACAGUAAAUGAUGCAUCUGCAGUGAAAAAUGCAUCUGCAGUGAAUGAUGCAUCUGCAGUAAACGAUGCAUCUAUAGUUGCAAAACCAGCUAAAGAAAGUACAAAGAAAAAUGGACAAGCAAAACAGGUGAAAAAGAUGAAACCAGCAGAAACGGUAAAACCUAUACAAAUUGAUAUAAAUCCAUCUGAAACAAUGCAACAUGUUACAGCUACAGAAAGCAAAACUGUUUCAAAAUUGGAAAAAGAAAGUAAAGAGAAAAUUGAAGAAAUUGUGGCUUCAACAGACAAGGACAAAGAUGUCAUCAUAGCUAUACCAUCUUUGCAAAUUCCAACCAAAAUGUCCUCUGAAGCUGAGUUAUCUAAACAAGUUAUGGCUGCUCCAUCUAAAGAUAUGGACAUCAAAAGUAAGAAAAAGCGAAGGCACAAGAAGGCCAGAGGUAAUGUGGCAGAUGGUUUAGAGGAGCAACCUGGCUUCAAAUCUGAAGAAGCCAAACUGGAAUCAAAAACUGAAAAAUGCCCUGAGGUUGUACAGUCAUCUGCUACUGUCCCACUUGUAAAUGAAUUUGAGAAAACUAAAAUUAAUGAUGAAAUAUCUUCCUCAGAGGAGAUUCAAAUGAUAGAGGUUGAAAAUGGCACUGAAAUGGUCAAAGAAUCUCCAGUUUUACAAUCAGUGGAAAAAACAGAUGCAAGAAAGCAAGGAAGAAAGGAGAUGAAGAAAGUUGAGAAGACUGAUGCCAAUGAUAAAUCUAAAAAUGUAGUAGAACUCCAAGAGGAUGAAAUUAAGACAGAGGAAGGAAUGUUACCUCAAAAAUCAACUUUGCCCGAGAACGAAAAAGCAGCAUUGGUCAUGAAAGCCAAAGAGAGUAUUUUGAAAAAGGUUUUUGAGAAAGGAGUGAGUGAGAAACAAGCUGCAAAGGAAUUGCAAGCCUUACGAAAAGAGGUGGGCAAGAAAGAUGGACAUAGUGAAAUAGUUAAGCCAAAAGAUGAGAGUGUGGGAUCAGACAAGACACAAAAAGAUAUAAAUAAGAAAGAAAAGGGUCAGUUAACAACACAGACCCAAGGUGGCGAUGUACAAGGAAGUAAUGGUCAAAUGGAUAAAAUGGUUAAAACCAAAGAAGUGGAAUCAAGUAAUGUUGAAAAUGUAUCUCCCGCACCAUUAAAAGACGUGUCUGAAAUUCAACAAGUCAAAGAAACCCAGCCAAAGAAACAACAUAAGAAGCAUAAAAAGGCAAAAACUGUAAUGGACAGCACUCUUAUCAGUGCAGAGAAGCCAUGUGAAGCAAAUGUGAUUUCUGAAGAUACUUUAAAGCCAAAACGGCAGGAUAUUGUUGACACUCAAAAUGCAAAUAUUAGUUUGCCAGAAAGUAAAAUUGAAGACCAAAAAGUGUCAGAUUCAACUGAAUCAGCGGAAUAUAGUAUUGGGUUAACAAAAGCCUCACCAGAGCUGUCACCUGACCUCCUAAAUACUAGAGAUUUCAGCCAGACUGAUCCAGAUGGAAAUAAAUCAGACAUUCACAUUCAGUCUGUAACUGAAACUAAGGAAAUGGAGAAAAUUGCAGAGAAAGACAAAAAGAUGGAGGAUGAAUUUCAAACAGUAAAUCUGCCAGAAAGUAAAGUUAUUGAAGAACAAAAAGUGGAUACAGGAGAAGUUUUGGAAAUUAUUUCAACAGAAUUAUUCCAAAAUGUCAAGUCUGAUAAAGAAACCAAGCCUUUGAAUGAGGAGAUUAAAAUAACAGAGGGUGCCAUUUUGAAAAACCAAGCUACAACUUCUAAAACUGGCAAGUCCUCAUUGAAGAAGCAGGAGUGUUUGGAGCUGGAUCAGCAGAUAGUGGCACUAGUCUCCAUGGUCAGACAUAUUGAAGUCCAGCUGAAACAACAGCAGCAGCAGUCUGUGGGUCGCAGUCUUAUAGCCCUGAAUGACAUCGUACAACAAACAGAGGCAUUGGACCUUGAACUGCGAGAUUUAGAGCCUCAAAUCCACAAACAGCUGGAGGCUUCAGAACACUUCCUGAACCCCAAACCAGAGGAUGUACCUCCUCAGCUCCUAUUGGCUCUGGAGAAAGAUGAGCGUAGCUUGUCCCGGGGUUACGAGGCGGCAAAGAGUCUGUCUGAGGAGAUACUGAAGAGUCUAAAGGAGCAGAGAGACUCAAACAAGGAGGCAGUAGCGGCUGAGCUUUCAUCUCUGGAAGGGCAGGCAGAGGUUCUACUCUCAUGGCUCAGAGAAACUGAGGCCAAAAUGAGUGAAGAGAUGAACAGGACAGAGGAGCGGGAGGGGGCAGGGGACAGUCCUCUAACACAGCAGCUACAACUCUGUAAAAAUCUCCAGGACGCCCUAACCUCCCGCUCCACUGAUGUGAACGAUGUAGCGUUCAGCAUCCAGGUGUUUAUCUCAGAACGUGCGCAAGAUCUGAGCCCGGAGCAGAGCAGGAGGGUCCUGAGACAGCUCCAGCAGCUUCAGGGGGCUUAUCACCAGGCAACAGGCCACGCCCACGCCUGGUCCACAGCAUUGUCUGCUCAGAGGGAGAGAGAGGAGGAGAGGAGACGCAGAGAGGAGAGAAGCAAAGAGGAGGAGAAGAACAGAAAGAGUGCAAAAGAGAGAGAGGUGGUGCAGCAGCAGAAAGCCGAGUGCUCUCAGAAACUGGAGGGUAUUGCGAUGUACUUGGCUGGAGCAGCGAGUCUUUUGGCCAGUCACGUGACCGGAGGACAGUCUGGAGAUGUGAACGCAUUACAGGAGAAGCAGAGGAAGCUAAAGGAAGUACAAAAAGAGCUGCAGUCCAAAUCUGAAGGGAUAGCAGAGGCCAUUCGCUUCAGUGGAGGAACUACUGGCUGAGAAAGGAGAGAUAGUUUGAGCCCAGAGGAGAGGGCAUAACCUGCAGGGGCGCUAGUGAAGAUGAAGGAGCAGUACAGUGCUUUGACAGAUACAGCAAAUACUUCACUGUCUGAGGUGGACACAGCUAUCAGCACCACAGUCCAGCAAAACACACAAAGGGCAAAGGCAGAGGAGGAGCUACAAGAGACACAAGGACAGAUAGAUACACUCCUAAAUGAACUGUCCAGCCUCAACCAACUGGGAACUAAAGGAAAAGGUUUUAACGGAACACUGGAUAAAGUCGAUACUGCACUGUCACCAUCAGAGGGCGCUGUGGAGUCACAUACAGACAUGCUACAGUGUGAGUUGAAGCAGCUACAGGCUCAGCAGGCCCAGCUGAUGCAGGUGUCCCAGUCAGUGCGCUCUCUCCUGGAGCAGCCCGACUCAGCAGUUCCCCCUGAAGAGAAGCGGCGUCUGAGGGCCGCUCUGGACCAGCUACAGGCCCAGCACCAGGAGAGGCUGCACAACUGCCAGGACCGCCUGAGGAAGUCCGAGGCCUUGAAGGACGAGCUGACAAAGUUCCUCCAAGAGCACGGGAGCUUGGUGUCGUGGCUGGAUCAGUCCGAACAGGAGCUGAGGUCUCUGGGAGAAGGAGAGACUGACGCCCAGGGCCUGAAGGCAAGAAUGGAGGAGCACCGAAAGCUGUCAGAGGAUGUCAUAUGCCACAAAGCAGACCUGCGUUUCGUGUCCAUUUCGGGUCAGAAGGUUCUGGACUCGGCGCAGGGGGCUCUGGAGCAGGUGGGAGGAUCGGAUCCCGCUAUGGACAGCACCAAACAACUGGUCACAGACAAACUACAUGAUGUUAACCACAGAUACACUGCACUGCAUACUAAGUCCACAGAGUUGGGGGCUCGUCUGUCUGGCCUGUUGGAGCGAUAUCAGCAGUACCAGGAUGAGAUGGUGUCUUUGCACUCAUGGCUCAGCACUCAGGAACAAAACCAAAGCAUCACCAAACCUACUAAAGACACAGACCCCCAGAACCUGCAGAACACACUACGACAAGUCCAGUUGUUGCAGGAUGAAAUGGCAGAGCGCUCUGUCCAACUGGAGAAGGUGAAACGUGCCGGGCGAGAUCUGGUGAGCACCGAAGAGUCUCCAUCCCUCAGAGCUGUGGACAUCCUCUGUGCUGCAGAUGGUUUAGAGAAGCGUUUUGGCUCUCUGUCCUCCUCUGUAUCGGAGCGGGCGGAGCAGCUCCAGACCGCGGUGGCUCAGUCGGUCAGUGUCCAAGAGGGGCUGAAGACUCUGCUGUCCUGGUUAGAAGAGCUCCCCCUGCAGCCAGCACCAGUCCUGCCCACUGCUCAGGCUGUGCAAGAGGCACUGACGCAGAACCAGAAACUUCGUCAGGAGUUGCUCUCAAGGCAGGGAAGUGUUGAUGCCACUCGAGAUGCCGUAUCCAGACUUCUGCAGAGCUCAGAUGCCUCCACUGCCUCUGGUUUGAAGAGCCCCCUGGACCAGCUCACACAGAGGUUCACCAAAGCCCAGGCGUUUCAAACGGAGAGGGAGGCUGAGCUCAAAGCACUGCUGCCCCGACUGGAAAACUAUGAGCGUUUGGGCACGGACCUCCGGGUGUUCACCCAGAGCAGACUGAAAGCCCUCAGCCCUGUGGGACAACCAGACCGCAGCGUGGAGGACUACAGGCAGACCAUCGAGGAGGUGAAAUCGGAGUUGGAGCAGGAGUCUGGUCAGCUGACAUCUUUCUGUGGCCUUGGUUCUGAGCUCAGCCAAUCAAAAACCUUCACCAACACUCAGAGUCUAUUGGACAAUGUCAAAGAGGUCUCUGAUGAAUUCAACCAACUACAGACAAGCGUCAAUAAAAGAUUUGCUGCGAUCCAUGCCUGCGAGGAGCAGUUGCACCAGUUCCGUGGACUCUCCAGCUCCCUCCUCAGGUGGCUACAAACGGCGCAGGACCAACUUCCCGCCAAAGAGACCAGCCUCAACACAGAUGGGCUGCAGCGGAGAGUACAGCAGCUUAAGGACUUGUUAAAUGACUGGGAGUCUCAGAAAUCUAGAGUUCAGGAGUUGAACAAAAAAGGCUCAGAGCUGGAGACCAUUAUCAUCGAUAUCACUGCUCCACAAACCAAAACAGGUGCCCCUCACAUCAAUGGUUCGUCAGGUCCCAGCAGUCUCAAUGGCAUUCACACAUGUAAAGACUUGACAGAACUUCAGGUGGCUGUAUCAGACGUGAACAGCAGAUAUGAGUCCCUGGGUUCAGACUUGCAGGAGCGUCUGUCCAAACAGCAGUCAUCUUUGGAGCUGAGGCAGAAGGCGUCCCAGGGCACCGAGGAGCUGAGGGGUUGGCUCGCCCAAAAGGAGAGCAGCUUCACCCAGGCACAGGUGGCCUCACCAUCCAAGUCUGAGGUUGUCCGUGCACAGGCUCAAGAGAACAAGGCGUUGCUGUCUGAACUGGCCGAGCGCUCUGCAAAAGUUGAGGAGCUGAAGAACACUUUGAGGAAACUGAUCUCAGAAAACCCAGAGUCUCCAGAGGCCGAGUCCUGGCGACAACAGCUACAAGAGAUCGACUCGCGAUGGCAGACGACCAAUCAGACGGCAGCACAGAGGCAGAAGGAGCUGGAGACGUGUGCUGAUAGGCUGGGCACCUUCGCCUCAGCAGCCAAUCAGCUCGCUCCAUGGCUCAGAGAAAAAGAGCUGAUGAUGAGUGUCCUGGGACCCCUGAGUAUAGACCCCAACAUGCUCAACACGCAGAAGCAGCAAGUGCAGUUCAUGUUGCGUGAGUUUGAGACACGGCGUCCACAGUUUGAUCAACUGACCCAGUCGGCAGAGGGCAUCCUGUCUCAGUCCGACCCCUCUCAGGAGCCCUCUGACCUGGGGGAGGUCAGGGCCGAGCUGGGGUCUAUCACCCAGCAGUGGGAUGGACUCACGGACAGACUUACACAAAGGGCCAGCCACAUCGACCAGGCACAAGGAACCAGCGAGAGAUACCAGGGCUUGCUGAGGGAGCUGUCCUCCAGUGUCUCUGCUCUGGGAGAGAGACUAGAUAGCCAGGCCUCUCUGAGUGCUCAGCCCGAGGCCCUGAAGCAGAGGCUGCAGGAGACCGGGGAGAUCAGAUCUGAGCUGGAGAGAAGGAGAGGAGAGCUUGCUGAGGCAGAGCGGCUGUGCCAGGAGCUCAGUGCCAUCGUGGUUGAACCCUACCUGAAAGAGGAGCUCAAGAAGAGGCUAGACAGUGUGAGCGGACCCCUGAGGAGUCUGGAGGAACGCGCUGCUGAUGGUCUGUCCCAGUUGCAGGCGGCCCUCUCCUCCACACAACAGUUCCAGCAGAUGUUCGAGGAGCUCCGGUCAUGGUUGGACAAACAGGCCGAUCUUAAAGAGGCCUCUAGUGUGUCCCUGCCCUGCCAACCCGAGGCCCUCCGCUCCCUCCUGUCCCAAACCGAGGAUCUACAGCGAGGCAUAGCCAGCCAGAGAGGGUCCUAUGAGCUACUCCAGGCUGAGGGCGCUUCACUUUUAGCCUCUCUACCAACUGGAGGAGAUGAACGAACCGCGCUACAAUGCCAACUCACCGGCUUGAAACGAGACUGGGAAGGGCUGAAUGAAAAAAUAUCAGAGCGGGAAAAUAAACUAAAGAGUACGCUAAUCAAAGCAGAGGCGUAUCAGCAGCAUAAGUGUGAUUUGGUGCCAUGGUUGUCAGAUUGUGAGGAGAGGGACAGAGAGAUACAGCCCUCCUUGGAGUCCUCUGCGCUGGAUGAGUGUCUGCUUAAGGCCAAAGCUUUGGGGCUGGAGCUGGAGAAGAGACAACCGCAUCUGGAGGCUUUUAACACCGCAGCCGAUCAGCUGUUAGAGCAGUGCUGCAUCGGUGACGAAGAGGUUCGAGAUGAGAAGGCCCAGCUGAACCGCAGAGUGGACCGUCUGGGUGAGAGUGUCCACAGCAGGGCGUCCCACCUGGAGGAGCUGAGUUCACGCCUCAGGGAGUUUGAGGAGGGCCGAGCGGCCGUGGAGAGGAGGCUGGAGGCCGCCAAGCACCAGAUAGAGGUCCAGGAGGCACUCGGACCACAGGCGUGCAGUGCUAAGAGCCUGGAGAGACUGCGUAGUCAACAGGACAGUCUGCGGUCACUCCAGCCACAGGUGGUCUACCUCAAAGACCUGGCCCAGGGUCUGGUGCAGGACGCCCCACAAACACCAGGUGGCAGCACUGAAGGGGCCGACAGGCUGCAGAAACAGGCCAAAGACACAGAGAAGGAGUAUGAAGAAGUUUCUGACAAGAUUGAGUCUUGCUGCUCGUCCCUGGAGUCACGUCUGCAGGGCGUCAGUGAGGUGCAGUCUCAUGUGCGGGACGUCUUCUCUCGUUUGGCUGAUCUGGAUGAUGAGCUGGACUCUCUCAGCCCCGUGGGGAGGGACGCAGACUCCCUCUCCUCUCAAGCCGACGCCCUCAGAGGGUUUCUGUCCCGUCUAAGCACCCUUAGGUCCGAACUGGAGGGCCACGCGACGGACUGUACCAACAUGCUCCGCAGAGAGGGGUCAUCUCCAGACCUGCUCGCCCUGAGGAGAGAAACAGAGGCGCUGAGUCGACAGGCAGGCAAGCUGAGUGAGCGUGGUCAGGCCCGGUUGGGUCAGAUCGAAGAUGCUUCUGAACGUGUACGGGAGUUUUACCGCCUGGUGUCCGAGCUGCAAAGCAUGCUUGGACGGGCGGAGGAGGGGCUUGCAGCUCAGGCUGUAGUGGGGACAGAGGUGGACACCAUCAAACAGCAGCUACAAGAAUUCAAGGCAGUGGAGUCAGAGCAAGUGGACAGUAUCCAGCCAAAGUUGCAGCAUGUGAACGCGGUGGGACAGGGCCUGAUCCAGAGCGCUGCCAAACACACAGAUACACAGGGUCUAGAGCACGACCUGGAGACCACCAACCUCAGAUGGAACUCACUCAACAAAAGGCUGGCAGAGCGCAUUGCCCAGCUGCAGGAGGCCCUGUUGCAUUGUGGGAAGUUUCAAGAUGCUCUGGAGCCUCUGCUCAGUUGGCUCAGCGAUACGGAAGAGCUGGUGGCCAAUCAGAAGUCUCCGUCUGCAGAGUACCGUGUGGUCAAGGCACAAAUACAGGAACAGAAGUUGUUACAAAGACUCCUGGACGACCGCAGACCUACAGUGGAGAUGAUCCGAGCCGAGGGAGAGCGAAUCGCAACCACCGCCGACGCUCCAGACCGGGACAAGAUCCAAACCCAGCUCCAAAGUCUGGCCCAGAGGUGGACCAGCCUCCUGUACAAGGCCGACGGCAGGCAGAGGCAGUUGGAGGAGUUGCAGGUUUUGGCGUUGGAGUUUCACGAAGCGCUGGAGCCUUUGGGUGAAUGGCUCAGUGCCACAGAGCGACGCCUGAGCUCCGCUGAACCCAUGGGAACCCAGACUGCCAAAAUCACACAGCAAAUUGCCAAACAUAAGGUACUGGCUAUGGAAGUGUCCUCACGCGGAGCUGACGUGGACCACCUCGAGUCCCUGGGCCAGAGCUUGACCCCCCUGAGCUGCGAGGCCGACCGUAAUUGGCUGAACGAGCGUGUGGGGGUCGUGCGUUUGAGUCACUCUGAGCUCUCUGAUUGGUGCGAGAGGAGGGCGGCCAUGUUGGAUCAAGCUCUGGCCAAUGCGCAGCUGUUUGGAGAGGACGAGGUGGAGGUGAUGAAUUGGCUGGCCGAAGUGGCUCAGAGGCUGGGGCAGGUCUCAGUGCAGAGUUACCUACCAGAUCAGCUGAGCGAGCAGCACAAGCACACACUGGCUUUGAAUGAGGAAAUUGUGAGCCGAAAGAAGACAGUGGACCAGGCAAUCAAAAAUGGACAGGCUUUACUGAAACAAACCACAGGUGAGGAGGUUCUUCUGAUCCAGGAGAAGUUAGAUGGUAUAAAGUCACGUUACGCUGAGAUGACAGCGGGCAGCAGCAAAGCCCUGCGGACUCUAGAGCAGGCGCUACAGUUAGCCACGCGGUUCUCCAGUGCUAACGAUGACCUCAAUCAAUGGCUCGACUCUGUGGAGGCAGAGCUUAACAACAUAGAGCCAGAUGCCACGCCAGCCUAUCAAGAGAGGCAGAAGGAGCUGAAGAAGGUCUCUGCAGAGAAGCGUCUGGUUCUGGACACAGUGAAUGAGGUGGGCAGUGCUCUUUUAGACCUGGUGCCCUGGAGAGCCAGAGAGGGGCUGGACCGACUUGUGGCCGACGCAAACCAGCGCUACAGACAAGCUGACGACACCAUCACACAGAGAGUACAGCUGGUGCAGGCUGCUAUUCAGAGGUCACAACAGUACGAAGAGGCCGUAGACGCAGAGCUGGCCUGGGUGGGGGAGACAGAGCGCAAACUGUCGUCUCUGGGUCCUCUGAGCCUGGAGCCUGAUGUGACUGGGGCCCAGCUCCAGGUGCAGAGAGCCUUCAACAUCGACAUUAUCAGACAUAAAGACACAGUGGACCAGCUCCUGUCCUCACGGGAUGAGAUUCUAGAGACAUGCAGCGAUGCUCAGAAGGACGCGCUUAUGGUGAAGACAGACUCCCUCAGCCUACGGUACGAGGCAGUCAGUCAGAGCCACAGUGAGCGGUUCUCGGCUCUGGAGCAGGCCCAGGUCCUAGUGGCACGGUUCUGGGAGACGUAUGAGGAGCUAGAGCCAUGGCUUGGGGAGACAGAGUCUCUGAUCUCUCAGCUACCUCCUCCAGCUAUAGACACCGACGCACUGAGGCUGCAGCAGGACCACAUGAGGUUGCUGCGGGAGUCCAUUGCUGAACAUAAACCUCACAUAGAUAAGCUGCUGAAGAUCGGGCCUCAGUUAGCAGAGCUCAGCCUUCACGAUGGAGAAACUGUUACUCAGCGCUACAACGAGGCUGAAAGACGCUACAUCGCCAUCAAAGAGGAGGUCAAAGGUCGAGCUGCUACACUGGACGAAGCAGUUUCCCAGUCUGCACAGUUCCAUGAUAAGAUGGACCCUCUGCUGGAGACUCUUGAGGGAGCCGUGCAGAGGCUGAGACAGCCUCCUCCGGUGGCUGCGGAGGUGGAUAAGAUCCGGGAGCAGCUCUCUGAUCACCGCGCUCAGGGUCUGGAGCUGGACAAACUCUUACCCAGUUUCUCUGCUCUGUGUGCUCGAGGAGAGGAGCUCAUCGGGCGAGCCGCUCAUAAUGACCCAGCCGCCCAGGCGGUGCGUUCCCGUCUGCUCCGGCUGCGCUCUCUGUGGGAUGAGAUCCGUCAGAGGGCCGAGGAGCGUGAGACCAAACUGAACGACGUGCUGGAUCUGGCUGGGAAGUUCUGGUCAGAUGUGGCGGCUCUACUCAGCACACUCCGAGACUCUCAGGACAUCGUGAGGGAGCUGGAGGAUCCCGGAGUUGACCCCUCCCUCAUCAAACAGCAAAUAGAAGCUGCAGAGGCCAUUAAAGCAGAGACAGACGGGCUGAGGGAGGAGCUUGAAUUUGUGAGGACCCUCGGGGCUGACCUCAUCUUUGCCUGUGGAGAAACUGAGAAACCUGAGGUCAAGAAAACCAUUGAUGAGAUGAAUGCUGCCUGGGAGGGACUGAACCGAACGUGGAGGGAGAGGAUGGAGAGACUGGACGAAGCAAUGACCGCCUCUGUCCAGUAUCAAGAUGCACUCCAGUCCAUGUUCGACUACCUGGACAAUGCUGUAAUCAAACUGUGUGACAUGUCGACUGUUGGAACUGACCUGGGAACAGUCAAGCAGCAGAUAGAGGAACUCAAGCAGUACAAAGUGGAGGUGUACCAGCAGCAGAUUGACAUGGAGAAGCUGUGCCACCAGGGGGAGCUGCUAUUGAAGAAAGUCUCAGAUCAAACUGACAGAGACAUGAUCCAGGAACCACUGACCGAACUCCGACACCUUUGGGAUAAUUUAGGGGACAAAAUCACCCAGAGACAGCACAAGCUGGAGGCGGCCCUACUCGCCCUGGGGCAGUUUCAGCACGCACUUUCGGAGCUCCAGGCCUGGCUCAGUCACACUCAUGCCACUUUAGACACGCAGAGACCCGUGAACUCUGACCCCAAAGCCAUCGAGAUUGAACUCGCCAAGCACCACGUGCUGCGUAAUGACGUGCUUUCCCAUCAUGCCACAGUGGAGACAGUGAACAGUGCCGCAGCUGAGCUCCUGGAGUCUUCUCCUGGAGAUGAGGCCAGUCACCUUCGAGAGCAGUUGGAGCAGCUCAACCAGAGCUGGGAGAGUCUGCUACUCAAGACCCAGGACCGACAGAAACUACUGGAGGCCGCACUGCAACAGGCUGAGGGUUUCCAUGGCGAGCUGGAGGAGUUUCUUCAGUGGCUGAGGAGGACAGACAGCCAACUGUCUGCAGCUAAACCCACAGGAGGGCUUCCUGAGACCGCCCGAGAGCAGCUACAACAGCACAUGGAGCUCCAAGCCCAGUUAACACAAAGGGCAGAGCAGUAUCACCGUCUGCUCGACCAGGGGGAGUCCAUGCUUUUGGCCCGAGGAGAAGAGGCCGGUCCUGGGACGACACAGACCCAACAGAACCUCGCCAUGCUCCAGAACAAGUGGACCAGUCUCAACGCAAAGAUGGACGAGCGCAGGGCGAAGUUGGAGGAGGCCGUGUCUUUGGCCACCGGUUUCCAGAGCUCUCUCCAGGACACUAUAAACUGGCUCACUCAGGCUGAGCAGACCCUGAACAUGGCCCAGCCCCCCAGUCUCAUCCUGGACACUGUGCUCUUCCAGAUCGAUGAGCACAAGGUGUUUGUGAAUGAAGUGAACACUCACCGAGAGCAGGUCUUGGCUUUGGAGAAGGCCGGCUCUCAGCUCAGAUUCGCCAGUCUCAAACAGGACGUGGUCCUCAUCAAAAACCUGCUGCUCAGUGUACAGGCACGAUGGGACAAACUGGUGCAGAGGUCACUGGACCGAGGCAGACACCUGGACGAAGCACGCAAGAGAGCAAAACAGUUCCAUGAGGCCUGGAGGAAACUCACAGACUGGCUGGAGGAGGCUGAGAAACGACUGGACUCUGAGCUGGAGAUCUCCAAUGAACCGGACAAGAUCAAAGUUCAACUGACUAAACACAAGGAGUUCCAGAAGGCUCUUGGGUCCAAGCAGCCAGUCUAUGACACCACAGUGAGGUCGGGUAGAGCCAUGAGGGACAAAGCCCAGCUCCCAGACGACAAACAGAAACUGGACCAUUUGGUGGGAGAAGUCCGUGACAAGUGGGACACUGUCUGUGGCAAAAGUGUGGAGAGGCAGCACAAGCUGGAGGAGGCUCUGCUGUUUUCAGGUCAGUUUGCUGAGGCCCUUCAGGCUUUGGUGGACUGGCUCUACAGAGUGGAGCCACAGUUGGCCGAGGACCAGCCGGUGCACGGAGACUUCGACCUGGUCUCCAACCUCAUGGAUGCUCAUAAGGCUUUUCAGAAGGAGCUAGGGAAGAGGACCACAAACAUCCAGGCUCUGAAGCGGUCGGCUCGGGACCUGAUGGACACAGGACGGGAUGACACAGCUUGGGUCAAAGUUCAACUGCAGGAGCUUAGCAACCGCUGGGACACUGUGUGUGCUCUGUCUGUGACCAAACAGACCAGGCUGCAGCAAGCAUUCAAACAGGCGGAGGAGUUUCGCAGUGCGGUGCAGGUGCUCCUGGAGUGGCUGUCAGAGGCAGAGCAAAGCCUGCGUUUCCGUGGCGUUCUGCCGGAGGAGGCAGAGACUCUCCAGGCCCUGCUCCAUGCGCACAGAGACUUCCUCGGCUCGGUGGAGGACAAAAGAACAGACGUGAACAAGGCCGCAGGGAUGGGAGAGGCUAUUCUCACUUUGUGUCACCCAGACUCCAUCACCACUAUCAAGCACUGGAUCACCAUCAUCAGAGCACGCUUCGAGGAGGUGUUGACGUGGGCUAAGCAGCACGAGCAGAGGUUGGAGACAGCUUUGACCGAGGUGCUGAACAAUGCUAACCUGUUGGAAGAGCUCUUGUCCUGGCUGCAGUUCGCUGAGACCACCCUGAUCCAGAGAGACACAGACCCCCUCCCACAGGACAUCCCCCAGCUCAAGUCACUCAUCACUGAACACCAGAGUUUCAUGGAGGAGAUGACGAGGAAGCAGCCGGAUGUCGACAAAGUGACUAAAUCCUACAAGAGAAAACCCUCUGAGACACUGGCAGAGAGGAGAGGAGCACGUAAACAACAGCAGCAACAGCAGGGGGCAGUACAGGUCACAUCAGCGAAUCCUCGUCUGAAUCAGCUCUGCGCUAGAUGGCAACAAGUUUGGCUCCUGGCUCUGGAACGGCAACGUAAACUCAAUGAUGCCCUGGACAGACUGGAGGAGCUCAAGGAAUUUGCCAACUUUGACUUUGACGUGUGGAGGAAGAAGUACAUGCGCUGGAUGAACCAUAAGAAGUCCAGAGUGAUGGACUUUUUCAGACGAAUCGACAAAGACCAGGACGGAAAGAUCACCAGACAGGAGUUUAUAGACGGCAUCCUGGCUUCAAAGUUCCCGACCAGUAAACUGGAGAUGACGGCAGUGGCGGACAUCUUUGAUCGUGAUGGAGACGGUUACAUUGACUAUUAUGAGUUUGUUGCUGCUCUACAUCCAAACAAAGACGCGUACAGACCAACCACAGAUGCUGAUAAGAUCGAAGAUGAGGUCACACGACAGGUGGCGCAGUGCAAAUGUGCCAAGAGGUUCCAAGUGGAGCAGAUCGGGGAGAACAAGUACAGGUUCUUCCUCGGAAACCAGUUUGGGGAUUCUCAGCAGCUGCGGCUGGUUCGUAUUCUGCGCAGCACGGUCAUGGUGAGAGUCGGAGGAGGCUGGAUGGCCCUGGACGAGUUUCUGGUCAAGAACGAUCCAUGUAGAGUUCAACAUCCCGGACUUAAGAUCCUCCGUUCUGACUCCAGUAGCUCCAUCUCAUCUCGUAUAGUGACAGUCACUCCUGGCUAUUUCUGCUGUCGAGCUCGCGGUCGGACCAAUUUGGAACUAAGAGAGAAGUUCAUCCUACCAGAGGGGGCGUCCCAGGGUCUUGCAGCAUUUAGGUCCAGAGGAAGAAGAUCCAAGCCAGGCUCCCGAAACGCAUCCCCCACCCGCUCCUCCUCCUCGGCCUCUCACAGCGGAGCGUCCGGACCCUCUGCUCCAUCUGCGCCCGCAACACCCACCACCUCUGCAUCUUCCCGGUCGUCCCACACUCGCGACUAUGCCAAACCGUGGCUGGCUCACAGUAAAACACCGGCAUCAUCCAAGUGCCACUGCUGCCCCGAUGGCCAUGAGGGGGCAGCAACGGGCUCAAAGCUGAAGAGGCCGACCUUCCACUCGAGCCGAGGAUCUCUGACCGGAGAGAACGGAGGAACUUGUCACACCAGCAAAACCACACGGACUGACCCAAAGCGCGGGGGCUCCACUACCAGUGGUCCCACCAGUCGGGCUGGGAGCCGGGCCGGAAGCCGGGCGAGCAGUCGCCGUGGCAGCGAUGCUUCAGACGCCUCAGAGCUCCAGGACGCCCGCUCUGUCUGCUCUGAUGCCUCUGACACCCCACGACGACCAGGAGGGGGCGCCAAACCAUCCAAAAUCCCUACUAUCUCCAAAAAGGCCCCCAGCCCGAAGACUACCAGCGCUACCAAGAAAUGAUCACGAACAUCUUAGCACUACGGAGGAAAGUGUUCAGAAAAACAUGCUAUUUCUGUCUCAACUUUUCUCCAAAUUAAAACAUGCACAAGAACGAAGAGAGAUUGUCCACACUGACUUUCCCUUUAAGACAGGAACUCUCUCUUCUCACUGAAUUGACUUAUGCUGCCUUAUUUUGUGUUACUUGUUUCGCCUGUCCUGAUUCGAGACAGCAAGAGCAACGGAUAGAGGGGAACCACAAACAAAAACUGUUAAGGAAGACAUUUUGGUUUUUCCAGCCCAGAUGCCUCGAGGAUGAGCUAAAAAAAUACAGAAAAUAUGCAACAACUGCCAUGCCACUUCCUCCGAACUGAAAUGUGUCGCCUCAGCAGAAACAACCAAGCAGCUUCCUGCGUUUUGGGCGAGAUACUUUUAGCGAUCCGGUGGCUAAAAGACAUAAAAGUAUUCCCAAAAAAGAGACAAGGAUUUGCAUUUCAACACGAGGCAAGUGCAACAAUACACCAACUUAAAACUGGUAAUGAAAUAAAGGACUAUUUUUAUUCUAACAGCACAUAAUAACUGACAGUUUAACCCAAACCAGCAUGCACUAACCUCGUCCACUUUUGGCCUAUUGACGAUGAUAAGGUAGACAAGUGUUACAAGAAACUAGAGGUCACUGUAUGCAAACGUUUUAAUUUGCGAAUGUCUUUUUUUGUGGUUAAUUUAUAUCUGAUUUUGUUUAUCUAGCUUAAAUAAAUAAUAAGAGUAUAUUUAUUUUGACAUCAUAUCAUCUGCAGAUUGAGUAUUACUGGUUCAAAACUUUUGUACCAAGAAAAUGUGUGCGAUUUGUGUGUAAAGUUUGUCUUCAUUGUCACUAACCAUCUUGUUUGUUUUUUGUUUUGUUUUUUUGUUCUUUUUGCUACUAUUGCUCGGUUUCCAAAUCAUGACCAAAGGGGACUUGCCCUUAAUCUGUAGACAAGAAACUACAUUUAUGAUUGACAGGAGGCGUGACCGAGCGGACCAAUGAGAGCAGGUUUCCUCCCUCAUGUCCCGCCCCCUGUACUUCUUUUUAGGCUUUUUCAAAUGCCCUGUUAUGUUGGGGCCAGAGAUGUGUCUGUUAUCUCAAUGUACGAGAUGAAGAAUGAAUUAAGUGACCGAUUAAAGACCUGUUUAGGUGAUUUUUAUUUAUUUAUUUGUCUGGAGGUGGAUUUUUGGGCAGAGGAGCCUACACCUUUUGAUGCUGUGCUUAUCUCAGUGUGAAGACGAGGGGAGGGAGGGGGGGCGUUACUAUGACUCAAUUGUGUAAAAGUAAAAAGAACUAAAAUUAUAAACAUUUUUGUUCUGUUUUUGUAUUAAAAUAUGCUUGCAGUAAAA